UUUGACAGUCAAAGUAUCCCCAUACACUGAUCACCUGUCAGUUUCAAAGAAAAUAUAUCCGAAGUUGGAACAAAGUUCAUGACUUUGCAACAGCAUCAAGAUCAUCUUUUCUGAAUGAAAACUUUGGAGAGACAAAGAAACGCCUCACCUUGUCCUUCGGAUCUACAGCACCUUUACUCCACUCUUCCUUCCAGUUCAGAAUUGCCUCAUUUACAAGCAGUUUAUGCAGCUCCACUGACGUCAAUGGAGCGGUGUGUGAUGUAUAUAACCAUUGAGCUACAGGAGCUCCACUCCAGUCUGUCUGCAAACACUCUUCCUUACAAGUACUUUUGAAGCAACAGAAGACGAUCGAGAAGCGCGCGGCUGUGUCCAGCAUGAAGCCCGUCCCUUUGGUCCUGCUCAUUACUUCAGUCUUACUGACCACCCACAUCCCCCUGAGCACCUGUCGACCCCGCGAUUUGAGCCUCAUGAGCAACCAGCUAGACGACGUGCUUUUAACCAGGGCUGGAGACGACGCCAUGUCGUACCUGGUGGGCGAAAAACUCCUUCAGUAUUUGCAAAGAAACGUCGGAGCGCAGAAAGCAGGUGGUGUCCUGCAUCUCCAGCACUUCCCCACGGCGCAGCUACGCUCUCCUCACGAGGACAACAGCUUAGAGGAGCUCACGGAGUUUUCCAAACGGAACGACGAUCCUCCGAUCUCCAUCGACCUCACCUUCCACCUGCUGAGAAACAUGAUCGAAAUGGCGCGGAACGAGAAUCAAAGGGAACAGGCGGAACUGAACCGCAAAUAUCUAGAUGAGGUUGGGAAGUAGCUGUAGUUCAAUGAAGAUGCUUUCAGUCGGCGAGUAAAGAACAAGCUCAAUGCACUCUUUCACACCCCCAAACUCUCGCUAAAGCAUACGACAGUCAUUCACCGAUGCCUCGACCCACACUCUUAGAAAUAAAGGUUCUUCAGUGGUUCUUUGGUUCAGCAAAGAACCUCCUUCUCGUUCUUGAGUUGGCUGUGGUUCUUUGGAGAUGAAAUUAAAAAAAAAAUCUUCUUCAGAUCAGGCUAUUGGUUUCUGGGUUCUUUAAAGCACUCCGACUUGAAGAACUACAGAAUAGCCUAAAACGUUCUUCAAAAAGGUUCUCCUGUGGCAUUAGGGUUAUGUGGAACCUUUAUUUUUAAGAGUGGCCAGAAGAGUUUCUGGUGACCUGCUGCUGUCUCCAUCACCUCUGGACCAUUUCAGAACCGGGAAUCACAUGCAAAAGCCCUGUUCAGGACCUCUAAACGCUGCACGGGGGGGUUCAUAUUUAACAACCAAAUCAAUCAAUCUGGUACCCUUUUAGUGUUUAAAGUUAUUGGCCUCCUAAUUAGUGUUAUGAAUGAAAGAAGUACUAUUACAAAUCCUAUUAUUGCUAAUUCUAUAAUAUACAACAUGGUUUUCAUCAGAUGCUCACUAUCCACUUGUAAAUGGGCCACUGUUAAGAGUCAUUUUUGUAUGGCUGGUUUGGUUGCAACCUCUUAUUUUGCCAACGGGAGUGUUCCCAUAUACUUUGGUAAUAAUGCCUAUAUUUACCACCAGAUGCUCACUGUAUAAGUGCAAAAGUAUGUUCUCCUCACAUGGUGGGAAACAAUGAUCUUUGCACUUCAACCAAGAGGCUAACCCACGUUUGUGACAAUAAUGUUGGACAAUAUUACAAAGUGCUUGAGAUAUACUGUACAUUGUAUAUUGCUUGUCAUUAUGUAAAUUACAUAUUAUAUUGCACCUAAAUGCAUAAACAUGACUUUGUAUUUUGAACUCUGCAGAAAUA